AUGACGUACUUCUGCGAGCGCUGUCAGAGCGGAGACCCACACAGCCUGGACGUCAGCGCGUUGCCUGUGCGGAACAGUCUGCUCGGCUGGGUGUCCAGGGAGCAAUCGGAUGACCGUGUGGGGAAGAAGCACGAGGAGGACUGGACCUGUGGAGUCUGCACCCUCAUCAACCUUCCACGGGCCGUGGCCUGCGAUGCCUGCCUCACUCCAAGGCCCCAAGACUACACAGGGAGAGCAUCAGCAGCGUGCUCUGCCCAGUGUGCCGAGGAGAGGCUCGCGUCACUCUGCUAUGUGUGUGUUCUUUCAGAGUCCACAAGCCCAGAGUCCGGUCCCUUCACCAGAGACCUGAUCAAAUACCCCUGCACCACAUUCAAGAGGCCCCAAGAGGAGCGCAAGCUCAACUGGAGGUCUGCGUUUGGCACCUCAACGCUCAUCUUCACCAACGUCGGCCCCAGCAGCAGUCCUAACGGCAAGGGCCUGGAUCCACACCCUACCAAUCUCUGCCCUGGGACCACCAGCCCCAGUUACACCUACACAGACGCAACCCCUGGGGGUGACACUCACCCAGCCAAGAAGAGGAGGACUAAUGAUGGGACCCCCAACUCACGCCUACCCUCAGCAGUGGGCUUUUGCUCCUCUGCACCUCCUACUGGACCUGUAGCUCCGUGCUGUACCGUCCACGGUCGUGCAGCUGUCCUGCGUGUGGUCCACAAAGAGGGGGAGAAUAAAGGUCGGGUCUUCUACGCCUGCUCUCUGCCUCGGGACGCUCAGUGCAGCUUCUUUGAGUGGGCCGACUUGCACUUCCCCUUUUGUCUCCAUGGGAAGCGCAGCCUAAUGAGGACGGUUCUCAAACUCGGGCCCAACAAUGGCCGCAGCUUCUACACCUGCGCUCUGAUGAAGGGCAAGCAAUGCGACUUCUUCCAGUGGGCGCCCAGCUGUUAG